AUGCUGCAUCGUUGCGCCUUACAGACAAUUGCCAGCCCCGCACUGACGCAGCGUGAGGUGGAGUUCGCCAAGUCUGCAUGGCUUGCUGGACUGAGGCCCGAUCAGCGGGGGGCGCAGCAGCUGCGGGAAGUGAAAGUCGAGUUUCCACUUCUUUCCAGAGAUGUGGUUUGCGUGCGUUGCGGCGGCACCAUCGUCACGGCCGCCAUUGCGUGUGAGCUCGUGGAGCCCUUCCCGUACAGGCCAAAGCACGGCAUGCUCGAGUUCUCCGUGCGGCGGCCGUGCACCGAACGUGAUAGCAGCGCAAAGUCGACAGAAUUGAAGACAUUGACCGCAUUUUUAGAGAGACUCAUUAAAAAUGGCGGGGUUGUUGACACGGAGAGCCUCUGCGUGUUGCCCGGCCGACGUGUGUGGAGCGUCAGUGUGGACGUCACAGUGCUGAACGACGAGGGGAACGUCACGGACGUCGCGGUGUGGGCCACGGUGGCAGUUCUGCUCCACUACCGACGACCGGAGCUCACAAUCCGAGGAAGCUCUGUUAUUCUGCACCCACCGCACGAGCGUGAGCCCGUGCCGCUUUCCGUGCACCACUCCCCACUUUCCUUCAGCUUUGCCGUCACCAUGAAUUCCAGCGAUCGCAACAAAUUGGCUCGGCACCACAGGGAUAAUAAAGAGUUGCUCGAAGUCGUUGUGGAUCCGACCUUCGCGGAGGCGACUGCGGCGGCCUCCUCCGUUGUAGUUGCGGUCAACGCGGAGGGACAAGUGUGCUCCGUGUCCAAGUCGGAGGGCCACUGCGUUCAUCUUAACGAGCUUAACCACUGCAUGGAGACGGCGGCCCUGCUUGCGCCACGCGUCUUGGCGUUGAUACGGGCGGCCAUGGCGGCACACGAAGUGAGGCGGCAGAAGUCCCUUCAGGGACAGUUCUUAUGGGCACAGAAGCGCAGCGGCGUCGGCAGAGAUGCGCCAGAGCCGGAGACCGCAAAAAAGGUGAGGGCGGAGACUUGA